AUGGCGCAACAGCUCGCACACGCCCCGUCCUACGCGGGCAAGUGGAGCCGCCUGAAGCCGUCCCUGACACCAUGGGUCGCUUCGCUGCUGGCCGAUAUGAACUUUGAGCAGAUGACGCCGGUGCAGGCCUCGACCAUCCCGCUCUUCCUCUCGCACAAGGACGUCAUCGUCGAGGCCGUCACGGGCUCGGGAAAGACGCUGGCCUAUGUGAUCCCCACGAUCGAGAUGCUCCUGCGCAAGGGGGCCACUCUCAAGCGCGACGAGCUCGGCGCCCUCAUCGUCUGCCCCACGCGCGAACUGGCGCAGCAGGUCUACGGCAUCGUCAAGAUGUUUCUCGACGCCCAAGAGCGCGCCGCCGAUGCCCAAGGGGCGGCGGAGGCGGACGCGGAGACGGAUGGACAGAAGGACGAAGGAGACGAGGAUAAGGAGCAAAACGAGGACGGCGGUGCACAGCCAAAGAUCUCGGGCGUCCAGCUCGUCAUCGGAGGCACCAAGUCCAACCCGGCGCAGGACUACGCCGCGUUCAAGGACAACGGGCCAGACAUCCUCGUCGGGACACCUGGAAGGCUCGAGGAGCUCCUAACCCGCAAGGGCGUGAAGAAAAACGAGCUCGAGGUGCUCGUUCUCGACGAGGCCGACAGACUGCUCGACCUGGGCUUUUCCGAGAACCUGCACAACAUCCUCAACCUCCUCCCUCGGCAGCGGAGGACCGGCCUGUUCAGCGCCACCAUGACCGACGCCCUCUCGGAGCUGGCACGCAUGGGCCUGCGCAACCCGGUCCGCGUCGUGGUCAAGGUCGAGGCAAAGGGCGACAAAAGGGGCGUCGGUGCCUUGGACGCUUCCCGCAGGAUCCCAGCGACUCUGCAGAACACGUUCCAAGUCUCGCGCGCCGAAAACAAGAUGGCGCAGCUGCUCCGGAUCCUGCGCUACGAGUCGUCCGAGGACGGGCUCGGAGGCGGCGCGCGCAAGUUUAUCGUCUACUUUGCCACCUGCGCCCAGGUCAACUACUUCUACAAGGUCCUGAGCAGGCUGAAGCGGGUCAAGGGGCUCGCCUUUUACGCUCUGCACGGCAAGCAGACGUCGUCGAAGCGCACGGCGACGUUCAAGGAGUUUACCUCGUCGACGCCGGCGCCGGGCACGUCGGAGCAGGCGUCGGUGCUGCUGUGCACCGACGUGGCGGCGCGCGGCCUCGACCUGCCCGACGUCGACAUUGUGGUGCAGUACGACGCGCCCACCGACCCCAAGGUCUUUAGCCACCGCUGCGGCCGCACUGCGCGAGCGGGACGGCGGGGCCGCGCCAUCCUGCUGCUGACCAGGGGCCGCGAAGAGGACUAUGUCGAGUUCCUCGCCGUCAAGAAGAUCCCGCUGCAGCCCUACCCCUACCUCGUCCACCGUCCGGCGUCGCCGCUCAGGCCUGAACCGGGCCUCGAGCCCGGCACGGCAAGCGGCAGCGGCAGCGGCAGCGUCGGAGGCGGGCAGGUCGAGAUCGCGGUCGACGACGACGCCCGGGCGCUCGAGGACGAGAUGCGCGGCGCGGUGCGCAGGGACCGCGACCUCUACGAGCUCGGCAUGGUGGCCUUUGUCUCGUUUGUGCGGUCCUACUCCAAGCACGAGGCCGUCUACAUCUUCCGCACGGCCGACCUCGACUUCCACGGGCUGGCGCGCUCGUUUGCGCUGCUGCGCCUGCCGAGGAUGCCCGAGACCAAGGCGGCGACGGCAGCGGCCGACAAGGGCAAGGCCAGGGCCGCCAAGCAGUCCGACGACGAGGCGGCGGCAACGCCGCCGACGGUCGCGGCAGGCGCGGCAUCGGACGAGGCCGAGACCUCGGCAUCGGCCUCGGCAGCCACCGUGUCGGCUUCGGUCCCGGCCGCGCCCCGUCGGCUCGGUUGGCACGACGAGGAGGUGGACCUGCGCACGUACGCCUACGCCGACAAGGCGAGGGAAAAGCAGCGGCUGGUCAACCUCGAGCUCGAGGACCAGCGGCGCGCCGAGCGGCCCGAAGAGGUCGAGGCCGAGGAGGCGCGCAAGCGGCGCGCGCACCUGGGCGUCAAGGGCGAGGCGGCCAUCAAGGCCGACGAGGCGUGGAGCAAGCAGAAGCUGCGCAAGCAGAAGCGCGACGCGAGGAAGCUGCACAAGGAGCGCAAAAAGGCCUACCUCAAGCGCGUCAGGGAGGGUGGCGAGCAGGGCCACGACGGCAGCGCUCCGGGCGAUUCCGGCGAUGCCGACGAGGCGGGGCAGGGCGGUCAGGGAGCACCGACGGCGACGGCGACGGCGACGGCGACGGCGGCGCGAGGGACAGCGAGAGGCGGCGGCGGCGACGACGACGACGACGAGGGCGACGACUGGGCCGAAGAGGAGCGCGAGGCCAAGCGGCAGCGCAAGGAGGGCAAGGCCAAGAAUGGCCGCGGCGCGAUGCAGUUCGAUUUCGACGGCCUCUAG